AUUGUCGACAUGGCGGCGAUCAACAAUAACAUUUUGUACGGAGUGGCAGCGAAAUAUUGUGCUCGAGUUAGUUAGAUUUUUGUCUCUGUGCGGUGCAUAUUUUUGUGCUUUUUGAGUUUUCAACAAUUCAACCAAAUUAAGCAAAAAUUUCAUUGGUUGCAAAAUAAAUAAGAUGGAUACAACUGCACCAGGUGGGAGAGGUAGUUCAGCUGGUUCAUCACGUGCAGCUCCUCGGAAGAGGCCGUCUGACAAGCCAAAAAAAAAAGCAAAGAAGCGACGAAGAACCACGUUCGGGGGUCCUGUUCGCCCUGCAGAGACCUCUUAUCAAGUCGGUGGUAGGCUUCUUGUCUUUGUGGGCGAAGACCCUGCAAUGGAUCGUCCCUACCGCCCUCCGAAGAAGAAGACUUCCAAAAAAAGGAAGUCGGUCACAAAGAAGCCUCCAUCCACCGAGAAACAAGCCUUAACUUUGACUGAGCCAGAAGAGGACUUCGGAUGGGGUCAACAUUUUCCUGAGCACCUGCUUGUCCGCACUUUUAAGAUGGUGGUCGAUCAAGAGGGGGCGGUGCCCUUCUUGUGCAGGGUCGGAAGAGUUUGUCGCCUGUGGAAUUCAGCUGCAUCCAACCCGGUGCUGUGGAAAAGCGUGUCUCUGGGUCACGUCUGUGUUGCACCGGGAAAACGUCACUCUGACCAGGUGUCAAAAAAGCAGAUGACGACUGUGAAGUGGCUGGUGGAGAACAGGUUCUCCUUGUUGCGCGAGUUCUCCUUAAAUCACUGGAUAAAGGAUGUUGACAAUGUUGUUGUGGCCGUCUCAACCGGCUGCGUUCACCUCAGGUCCCUCUGCCUCUCCUUCUGCAAAGGUCUGACCAGGCUCCUCUUCAAGACUCUCGCAGAGUCCUGUCGCCACUUAGAGAGUCUCAAUCUGAAGCACUCGGAGUUCCCCAUUCAGGAUCUGCUGAACUACCUCAGCAACCAUGGCCAGCAGCUAAAGCAGCUCAUGUUCACCAACACAAGGAAAAACUUCAAGAUUUUGCACGCGAUUUCAAAAGGCGUCUGUCCAAACCUGGAGUGGCUGGACAUUAACUCAGAGAUCGCUGACAAAGAUUUGGUGGUUCCUGUUUACAUCCAGAAGCUGCAGGCUGCUUGCCCAAACCUCAGGACCUUCAAGAUGCUGAAUGGCACACACAUCUUCAAGGGGAGCGAUGCCAAACUGGAGUCCGGCUUCCCGGAGCUGGAGGAGCUGUGUUUGGCCACAGCUUAUCUCUCCUUCACCACCGACCAGGAUCUGAUCCACACUCUGUUCGGGUCCACCAAGCUGCUGGUGCUGGACCUGCGUGGCUGCUCUGAGAUCACCGCCUUUGGUCUCUCCCACCUUCCGUGUCUGGGCCUGGAAUGUCUCUACUGGGGCCAAUACUGCACCAUGAGGAUGUCGUCCACCAUCGAAGGACUUCACUUGCUGACCAAGAAAUGGAGGAAAACUUUAAGAGAGCUGGACAUAGAAAACCUACGUUUCUCUGAGGAAGAAUUGGAGGAGGCACUGCAUCAGCUGACCCUCACCAAACGGCUGCAGUCCCUCAACCUCAGCGGGACCAGAGUCACGCCAGCCACUCUCAGGAAUUUCGUCGGCCAAAUGACGAACCUCAACUACCUUAAUCUGACUUCCUGCCGGAAUCUUCCCAGAGGCGUGAAGAGGAGCUACCAGGGUCAAGACGAUAUCCGCGGGCUGCUGGGAAAGCUGGAGUAGAGAGCAAAGUUUACAAACGGUUCCACUGUCUCAAUGUUCCCAAAAUCUGAGAAAACUGUCUCAAAUCAUGUUCUGUUAAAAAAUACAAGUUUUUUCUAGUUCUUACUUGAUUU